AAAGUCGAUGUGGAUGAUCACCAGAGUAACCGGACUGGAAAGCACAAUGGCGACGGGCCAGUACAAGAGAAUGGAAUCAAGAAACACAGAACAUCUUUACCUGCCCCAAUGUUUACUAGAGUGAUUUCAGUGUUUGGAGUAUCUUAAAAAAGUGUAUUGGAUUGGAGCUGUCAAAAUUACCAUGCCCAUUGCCUUCAAUGAACCCCUGAGCUUCCUUCAACGAAUAACAGAAUAUAUGGAGCACACAUACCUCAUUAAUAAAGCAAACUGUCAUUCUAACCCUCUAGAAAGAAUGCAGAUUGUUGCUGCUUUUGCGGUAUCUGCUGUUGCCUCUCAAUGGGAGAGAACAGGCAAACCAUUUAACCCUCUCCUUGGAGAAACAUAUGAAUUAAUCAGGGAGGAUUUAGGUUUUAGGUUAAUUUCUGAACAAGUCAGUCAUCAUCCACCUAUCAGUGCAUUUUACUCUGAAGGCUUAAACCAGGACUUCAUUUUUCAUGGCUCAAUUUAUCCUAAAUUGAAGUUUUGGGGGAAGAGCGUAGAAGCAGAACCCCGGGGAACCAUAACAUUGGAACUGAUAAAACACCAUGAAGCUUUCACUUGGACUAAUCCUACCUGUUGUGUACAUAAUGUAAUUAUUGGCAAGCUCUGGAUAGAACAGUAUGGAACAGUAGAAAUUAUAAAUCACAGUACUGGAGAUAAAUGUAUUCUUAACUUUAAACCAUGUGGACUGUUCGGUAAAGAGCUUCACAGAAUAGAGGGCUACAUUCAAGAUAAAAAUAAGAAGAAACUGUCAGUCAUCUAUGGGAAAUGGACAGAAUGUUUGUGGUGCGUUGAUCCUUAUUCUUACGAAAACUACAAGAAGAACGAGAGGAAAGGUGGCGAUCAGAAGAAACCAAAGCCGAGAGAUGAACCUGAAAACGAUGAAGCCGAUGAUAUGCCGGACGUUCAAGAAACUGUGCAAGUUAUACCUGGCAGUAAACUACUUUGGAGGAUAAGCUCAAGGCCAUCGAAUUCAUCACAGAUGUACAAUUUCACCAGUUUUACUGUCACUCUCAAUGAAUUGGAGAAGGGCAUGGAAGAUAUAUUGGCUCCUACUGAUUGCCGGUUAAGACCAGACAUAAGGCAUAUGGAAAAUGGAGAGAUAGAUAUGGCAAGCAAUGAAAAAGAGAGGCUAGAAGAAAAGCAAAGAACUGCUCGCAAGGACCGUGCAAAAGAGGAAAUUGACUGGAGGACAAGAUGGUUUUACCAAGGCACGAAUCCAUAUACUGGGACUGCUGACUGGCUAUACUCGGGAGGAUAUUUUGAUAGAAAUUUCUUUGACUGUCCGGAUAUCUAUUGAAAACCUUGAAUGCAAGUUGCUCUUUUGCCCAGAAUUGAUAGACUUAAAUGAGUCCAGCGGCUAUUGGGCUAUGUCAUGACAAGAAAAUAAUAUAUUUUUCCUAAAGCAAUGAAAAUCAUCCAUCACUGAUCAAGGUUUUGUCAUGUACAUUUGCCAAAAUACUGAAGUGCUGUUAACUCAUUUUCCUGAAGCUGCAACAUGAAAUUAUGUAAUGGGGAAAGAUGCUUGCAUGUUUUUGUUAGCUUCCUUCAAUUUAUCAUUUCAUGGUUUUGUUUUGUUUUUAUUUUUUUGGCCAGAAUUAACUCGCUAUAACCGGUGGGAAAAAUAGCUCCUUUCUUAAAAAGAGAAGAUAGGUACUUUUUAAAAAUACAAUAAAAUUGAACAAUAAAAUAUAUCUUUGAAGUAUUCAAAACUUGGAGACCCCAGGGACACCUUAGCCUAACAGAUAUGCUGCUGAUCCUAUUGGAAAAAGUUUCUAGCAAGAAUCCAGAGUCACUCAAAAUCCACACGAGUCUUUGAACACUCCUUAACUUUUAAAAGUUUGACAACAUACACUAGAGAUAGACUUAAUUUUCAGGAGCAAUUUUUCCAUUUUGCCUCAGCCUCUGGGCCCUGUGAUUUAUUGAUUCAAUGAAGUAUCUGUGGUUUUAUUUUUAAAAAAGGAACUACUCCAUUGAAUGUUGGGCUGGUUUUGUAAGUGUGGAUAACAGCAAACUCUUUGUGUGUUUGAAGCUGCAAAAUGUUUCGUCUUAAAACCCACUUUGGAGAUAUUUAUAGGAACUUGGAUGUCGUGUAAAUAUCAUGUAAGAAAUCAUGAACUCCUUGCUUUGUUCAGACAUGUUGAUUGUUUGCAGCUCUGCUGUGGGACUGAUUUUCCCAUUUCAUUUCAUAAUAUGGGCAUCCUUUUUCCUCUUUCAAUUUGCCUCGGAUACAUUUUGCAAAAGUACAUAUUUAUUUUGAGCUCUCUCCCCCCCCCCAUCACAUACUUGCAUCACAACUGGAUAACAUGUUUUUGAACAGCAAUUUUUUUAAUUUAUGCAAUGCUGAAUGAUACAGUGGAAGCUUUUGAUGCAUCUCCACUUGGUAGAAUUUCCUCGAGAAUAAGUGUAAAACUGUUUGCAGUUUUAAACCUGUCAAAGCUAUGUCAUCCUGGAGCUGUUUGGAUUCAGAGGGAAAGAGUACUUUUCUUUUAUUUCUAACGCACAUUAGUGAUAAUAUGUGUGGCUUUCUAAAUAAGUUAAUAUUUAUUAGAUUAUUAUUUACCAAAUUGGAGAUAAUUUACCUUGCUAUUAAAUGGUAAACCAGCAAGAGCAUAAUAAUUUAAAAGGGGCAGCGAAAAGAUUAAGAGAUUGGAUUAUAGUCCCAUGAACAUUUGUCUAUGACACAGGAAUAUUUGAAUAGUUUUCAUUACAUUUCAAGCAAAAUAAAAAAGUUACCAUGAAAAAAUACUUGAGGCAAUAAAGUACACUUUUAAGAUAAUUGAUUUGGACGGGCACUAGUUAACUCUAAAUGUUAUGUUGUUGGUUAUCUAAACUUGCUAAUUAUUGCAGCUUCAAAUUCAUUUAUUGUAUCAGGGCUUCAAAAUACCUUCAGUAAUCCCUCUCUUGAAAUCACUUGCAUCAAUGUAUUUCAAUAUAUUGCCUUUUCCUUCAUAAUGUUACCCAUGAAUCAGUGUGCAUUUUAUUGUUAAUAGAUUAAUUUAUCAUGUAUCCCAGUCCAGAAACUCUUAUGGGCCCUUCUGUUUUUUUUGGUAGGAACAGUGAAUAUUGGUUCCAGCAGUAAUUUUUGUGCUUUACGCCCACUACAGAAUUGGUUGUUCAUAUUGCUCUCAUAAUCCACUGAUUUCGGUAUCUGAACAAUAAGGCUAUAUAAAGACCAGCUGUUAUGAUACAGUAUUUCAUGCUGUAACUCCAGAAACGUAAAAAUAGAGAACAUUAGAAACUCACUUUUUCUCCCUUGAUUAAGUCACUAUCUCCUUUUAUUAGUAAAAGUUUUGGAAAGGGUUAAGCCAUGCUUCUUUUAAGCAUGCAGACAAAUGCAGGUGGGUUGCAUUAAUAUUUUGAAGGAAUCACAUUAAUUUUUUAAACCCGUUGGACUUUUUUUUUUAAGAAGUGGCAAGGGAUGUUUCUAAAUUCCAAUUUGCUGUAGGAGGAAAAUACAAUCUUUUAAAUUGAAAUUAAAAUUGAUUUUAAAGGAAGAGCAAAUAUUUUUCAUUCACCUUUUGUCUUCAUCUUCUAUACCAACUGAGGCAUAUACUAUACUAAAGUUCAUGAUUUGGUGGCUGGCGGAAAAUCUGUUGUCCAGUAGAAAUAGUGGGAGGCUAUUAACUGCAAAUGAUUAAUUGUACUGGAAAAUAAUUCCUAAGCUGCAAGUCCGUUCUCCCACAUAGGUAUAUCUCAUUUCUAACCAACGGUAGGCUAUUAUACUAAAUAUAAUGCUUCAGAACAGAGUAGAAUUGAAACGCACACUAAAGUUUGAUGACUUAAAAGCUUUAAUUAUAUUAGGAGUUUUUUUUCUUCCUUAUGAAAAAGAUAGUCAUUUAGAUUGUUUACAUUUUUACCUGCACUUACUAAAAGCACCACCUUCACAACUUAAGCACUGCCUUACAUUUGACACUUCCAUGGGGGGGAGGGGAAGCACUUUUAAAAUAAAACAAAUAAUCAUGUUAAAUAUUAAGAUAGGUAUUAACUUAAAGCAGAUAUUUUUUUAUGUGAAAAAAGUAGUUAUUUUCUUGGCUGCUUACUUCCAUUGUGUUUACCUUGGUACCUUGUUUUGAAUUAAGGUUUGUGCAUAUGUUAGCUUGACUCCAGGCCAAUGGGUUGACACCCAAAACUUUUAUAUUUGCAGAUAGUUGUGUUCCACUCACCCGUCAGCAUUGGGAAGAAUUCCAUAUCCACAUGAUGCCUCAUGCUAUAUUGCAACACCGGAGUCAAUAAAACUCUGUGGAUGAAUAGCUUUUCUUGUGCCAUUAGGUUGACUUCACAAUAAACACAGUCUUUAUCGUAGCAAGAAAUAACCACAAAGAUUAACACUGCUAGACAUUUCUAGAAUAGCAUGACAGCAGCAGGCUAUGAAACGGAGAUGGGACUUCCCCAUUCCGAAAUAAAUCCCGCAGGAAAACGUAACAUGUCUACAAACCUUUGCUAGCCUUCGCUCUCUUUCCCAAAGCAGUUUAAAGAUGAGCAAUUAUUUUGACGUCACUUCAACAAGAUACUUGAUCAAUGGAACACUACUAAUUCAUUAAAUGCUCUGACAAGUGAACAUUAACUGGAAAGUAUAGAUUUUAAAAAAAUAGAACGAAAGAUAGGAAUUCCUGCUUGGUAAUGAUUUCAUUUACAUUGUUAACCUUUAUAAGUAAAGAGAAAAGGGUAGAAAUGGCACCUUUUUGAUGAGUUUGAUAAAUGUAAUUUAAGUUUUUUACUGCUGCACCUUGCAUACAGUUUGGGGUAGAUCAAUACAAUACUUUCCCCUUAGGCAUCGUUAAAAACCCUUGGUCCUCAAAAGUAGGAUAUUAGACUAAAACCUUCGCAAGUGUAAGUUUUAAAGCAUAAGAUUAGAUCUAUUUUAAUAAGUUAAUAUACAAAUACGUGAAUCAGUACUAUCUAGAAUUAGUUUCUGAAAGUUUUACUUUGAUUCUCAGAGUUCUUACCCAAAACUUAGAAGCUUUGGAUUACUAACUGUUGAUACUCAGGUAGCCUGUAAUCCUGAAAAAGACAUUGUUGUAAUGAUAGUCCCAACAGUUCAGAUGCCUGUGUAGCUCUUCAGUUUUUCUAUGUUUGUUGUAUUCUUGUGUAUUUUAAUGUUGCAAAUGUGGCUGUUCCCUUCACGUCGUGGUUUUGUGUUUUUAAUUCUUCAUUUGAUAAUCUACUGUAACGUCGUUGCCUCUUUAAAAUCCUUAAGUGGUUUGGGUUUAAUUGUAAAGUAAAGCAAUAUUUAAAUGCCUAUAAAAAAAAUCAAACGGUUCUAACAAAAAAUGAUUUUUAUGAUGUCUAUAGCAUGUGGGGAAGAAGAAAAACAAAGCACACAUACCAGUUGCCAGCUCUUAAUUUCCCCAUUCAUUCUCCGCUGCUGUUGCUGCUACUGUUGUCCUGUUUUGUGUUUUUUAUUUUGCCGUUAAUAAUCCCUGUUCAUAAUAAUAACAAUAAGACAAGUACAUGGCACAAUCCACCUAGAAUUUCUUGGAUCAGGCCUCAUGGGGAUCCGUGGGCCUGCGGAGAAGAAUCUUGCCGGUGCCCUUCUGCAUUUUUAUGCAAGUUCCCAUGGGGCUUGUCCCAAAAAAAAGCGCUUCCUGGCAGAUUUUUUUUUUUUUUUUUUUGCCUUAUCCAUGUUACAUGAACCUGUUGGAGGAUAUUAAAAAUUUAAAAAAAAUUAAAAGGCUUUAGCGAAAUGGAUUUAUUUUUAUAAUAUUUAACAACUGUCAAUACCCAACUAUAUUAACUAUUACAAAUUCGUAUUUACCUUUUUAGAGAAGUCUGUACAGGUUUGUGGACAUAAAUGUUAAAAACAAAAAGUGUCAAUGCAAAUAAAGGCUGUUUUGGAGAAGA